AUUGACUCAUGGCGCAGGCGUCCAAUAUCCUGGCGCCAGUGGCUUCGAAGCUGCGGAUCAGGCUCUGCAAGCGGGAGGGGAUGUGCUUGAUCUGAACGUCGUCCAAGUGGUCGCGCCACACCGUGAUGUCCCUCGCAACCAGAGCCGCAAGGUGCUUCUGCACCUCCGACAGGGCACUCAAGCGCUCCUGCGCGCCCUGGUCCAUCGAGCUGUCCGCGCCUUGCUCCGGGGCCCUGAGGCGCGGCGGCGAGAGCCCAGAGCAUGCCUCGCGCGGCACUGCGCGGAGGGCGACUCAUCGAGCGUCCGUGCACCUCGUCGAAGCAGCGCUGCAGGUCCUCCGACCUCCGCAGCUGCUCUGGCCAGCCCAGACCCCGCCAGCGGGCGUCCUCCCUCGCCAGCAGGCGGAGGCGCUUCUGCUCCACUCCUGCUUCCGUGCAGGGCGCGCAUGCGGCGCUGGCGCCCCCCGCCGAGCCAGGCCCCGAGCCGUGCUCAGCCGUGGGAAGGAC